GUUGAUAAAUAAUAAACGGUCGACUUUCGCGGUAACACAAAUUACUGAAUUAAAAUGCCUCCCAGGAAGAGGGAAAAAGAUCCGGACACAGUAAAAACUCCAAGAAUUGACCACAUUCAGGCUGAUCAUGAAUUAUUUCUUCAAGCCUUCGAAAAACCGACUCAAAUAUACAGAUACUUGCGAACGAGGAAUAUGUGUUCACCCAUAUUUUUAAAUAGAACCUUAACCUACAUGAAGCACAGGAUGUCCAGAACAAACAAAAGCAGACAAGGCUUCAAAGUGGAUUCGAUUCUAGAUAAAGUGUUAUCAAAGAGGGACUCUUUGACAAUCCAACCGGGUUACAUAAAUUUAACGUUUCUAGCUUUCAACAACAAAUCUUUGGAUUAUCAAGCCCAAAUCGCUCAGGUAGAAACGGUCCUCUUAAAAAUCACCCACAAGAAACGCAAAGACAGCUCCGCUCCGAGCAUGCAGGUUACUCUCGGUACCGCCGAUGUGCCUAUUAACCCAGACGAACAGCAUUUACCUCUAACAGCGCCCACCAUAAGCAUUCCGACUGAGUCAUUUAACGCAUCUACCGGCCCUUUAGUCAAAUCUUACAUACUUCUGUUCCGGGUAAAAAUCACUCCCGAGAAAGAAGUGGAAGAGGAACCCGCGUCAAAGAAGCGCAAAUCGAACGGUACCACGGACAAUUCCAAAUUAUACGGCGCCGAACUCACCGUAUACGACAAACAUAACAGGUGCUACUUAAGUGAUGGAGACUACGAUAUAGUCGUUCAAGAUUUUUCGAUUAACUCCAAAAACGCCAUCAAGAAGCACACAAGUUGGGAGAACGUCAACGAUAUCGUAGACGCCUGCAGUAAUCUCGACACCUUCAUGAAAGGUUCCGUGUUGAAAUUCAAGCUGAAUUGGUCGCCGAACGCUUGCCCGAAAAUCGUCGACAGACCGCUACCUUACCCUCUGCAAGAGAACAAGGAAAACCUCCCUCUCGCAUUGAACGGUAACGGCAACACGGAGAAGCUCCAAAUCGUCUAUCAAUUCGUCUACAACAACAACUCCCGCCAACAGACGGAAGCCUGCGAGGACCUCCAUUGUCCGUGGUGCAGCCUGAACUGUAACUUGCUCUACACGUUGCUGAAGCAUCUGAAAUUGUGCCAUUCGAGGUUCACGUUCACGUACGUUCCCAUAUCGGUGGGAGCCCGCGUGGACGUGGCCAUUAACGAAAUGUACGAUGGCUCUUACACGGGCUCGCCUCACGAUCUGAUUUCGCAACCGUCGGUGUGCGCCUUCUCGAGGAACGGUCCCAUCCGCCGGGCGGCCGUCACCCACAUUCUGGUUUGCCAUCCGAAAAGACCCAAGCCCAGUUUGUCCGAGUUUCUGGAAAUCGACGAUUGUGAUUUCGAUGGACAAAGGCCGUUUAUUACAGGUCAUAACAGGCUGUAUCAUCACACAACCACAUGCCUGCCGAUCUACCCGAAGGAGAUGGACGUGGAUUCGGAAGGCGAAAACGAUCCGGAAUGGUUGCAAUACAAAACCACGAUGAUGAUCGACGAAUUCACGGACGUCAACGAAGGCGAAAAGGAGCUGAUGAAGAUGUGGAACCUGCACGUGAUGAAGUACGGCUUCGUUGGCGACUGCCAAAUACCCAUAGCCUGUCAGAUGUUCGUCGAGCACAAAGGUAGAGAAUUGUUGAUGAAAAAUUUGUAUAGGAAUUUCGUCGUGCACAUGACCAGUUUGUUCGACUUCGGGCUGGUCAGCGCCGUCUGUUUGUACACGACGUUGCAGAAACUGCAGGAGCUGGUCGGCGACACGGGUCCCAUUCGGAAUAUACUGAAGGAAUCGAGAGAGGCGCAAAUUGAUAAUUGGUCGAGGACGGGUAACGUCGCGCCAAUGAAUAACGAUAAAUCUUCGACGUUGAAGACGCCGAAUGCGGGUAGGAAAGCCGGUAAUAUUUGUAUUCAAAGAAGGAAAGGCACGCCGACGCCAUGUGAUAGCGCCACUAGAAGGAAGUCUAUUUGCGGAGGAGAAUCGUCAAGAAAAAGACUUAGCCUUACUCUAAGUAAAUGCGACCAAAAGUCCAGUAACAUCAGGACAGUUCAAGUCUUUUUAUGCAUUCUUUUAAGUAAAUUAUUGUUACUAUAAGAUUAACUACCUCUAUGGUAUAAUUUUAAGAGUUAUAUGUGGUGUAAAUUGUAUGGUGGUAUAUUUUUAAGUUGAUACAACCCUUAGAUUAUCGAACAAUUGGGAAAGUUUUCGAUUAACAUAGGACAAAAAAUAGUAUUGGUCUUUAACUUAAAGAUUGUAACAAUUUACAAUGAACCUUAGGUAAUGUGAAUACCACAUAAAUAUUUCUAAUUGACGUUCAAUUAAAAUAAUAAAUGAAAUUCCAAAUUUUAAAGGCAAAUAAUAUCAAACAAACUUUUGUGUUUAUUUUAUUAAAAUUUACAUUUAUUCUUUCUUAGCUUUAGCUUUCUUGGCUGGUAUCGGCUUUUGGGAUCGAAGUAUAGCACUAGCUCUUCGAAGUGCAACCUAAAAAAAAUUUAAAUUUAAAUUCACUCGAAUAACUCGUAUACUUCUAAAAAAGAAAUAGGUAAAACAAAUUACCUUUGUAAGAUCGGUGCGGUACUUGUUAGCAUUCAUCAGCCUCUUUAACUUAUGCAAAGACCUCCUGGGGCCGGAUUUCAUCGUUCUUUUGAUGGUGUUUUGCUUAGGUUUGAACUAAAAAUUAAAUUUUUUGUAUACAACAGUAAAACCUUUCUUAUCGGGCGCACUGACAAUUCCCACGGAUUUUUUGUGGAUUAAUCCAUUGUAUCUGUAGGAGCUCAAGUUUGUCAGGUUACUUACAGUACUGAACGGUUUGGAAAUGUUCCUUUUCUUCAAAAGAAAAGCAUUGUUGUUGCGAAUAAUUCCCCACACAAGAUGUGACGACAUUUUAAACUGAAACAAAUCAAUUACUUAGUAAAAUAGCAAUUUCUCAAUUAAAUUAUUAAUAAAUAUAAAACAACAUGCUUACCUGUCUUGAUCACAAUUUUAAAAAGAUGGCUGCCUUUCUGACGUCUGUCGGAAACGGAAAUCGAAAUGUCAAAACUGUCAAUAUUUUACUACUAGGCAUUUUUUAACAUACUUGGUUAGUGGACGUUGACCUACCAGUAGUGUAUAUGUAAAACAUAGAGAAAGAAAGAUGAGAGAGUUCGAUCUCUUACUAAAAAUUGGCAACGCGUAGAUGGUGCUGUUCCUAGUGGCUGGUCCCACGAACUAAUGAAAUAUCGAGUAGAUUUCUUCUAUAUUUCAAAAUUAAAAAUGGGUUAUAUAUUCAAUUUUAUUUUUAUAAUAUUGCUAUAUUGCAAAUUAGAAAAUAAGAACAACUUUUGUUAAUAAGAAAUGUAUUUAUUUAAAGAUAUAAAAAAUUGAAUACAUACAUAUAACCUAAAUAGACAAUACAAUACA